UGACUACGAAACAGUGCAUUUUGCCUCAGCAGAAUUUCGUUUCCUAGGCAUAGUAGCCUAUGCCUUCUUUAGUAAUAAAUCAGUUCAUAGUUAACCACCAAACGAGCAAGUUGGUUUUUAUUUGCUCUCCAUUUGAACUGUAACAUUUGGCGACGAGGAAAAGUUCAGAAGCAUCUCGAAGAUCUUUUUAGCGAAAACAUCAAAUAACGAAAAUGUCCCAAGAGGAUCUGCGAAACGCCAUCGUCCAACUCACGAAUCUCGUCGCGAAGCAGCAGCAGCAGAUCGAAAAUUUAGCAAAUCGAACUUUUUCGACGGCGGCUAGCGGAAGCGAGAAGACAAUCGAGUCGUUGGCAAAUGGAAUCCAAGAUUUCCUGUACGAUCCGGACGCAGGAGUUUUCUUUGAUGCAUGGUACGCUAGAUACGAAGACGUCUUCAUUCAGGAUGGUCAUUCUCUAGACGACGCCGCCCGAGUGAGAUUGCUUCUACGCAAAUUAAGCACCCCUCUGCACGAUAAGUACGUGAACACUAUUCUGCCAAAGCAUCCUCGCGAUUUCUCUCUGGAUGAGACCGUUACAAAACUGAAGAAGUUGUUUGGUCGCCAGAAGUCGGUUUUUCACUCCCGUUACCAGUGCCUGCAGUACGCCAAGAGUGACGCGGAUGAUUUUACUUCGUAUGCUGCCAUGAUCAACAAACACUGCGAAGCAUUUCAACUUUCCAAGCUCACGUCGGAUCAAUUCAAAGCUCUCCGAUUUGUCUGUGGACUCCAAUCGCCACGGGAUGCGGACAUCCGAGCUAGAUUGAUUUCGAAACUGGAAGCUGAUGAAACUGCAGUUGUUGAACAUGGAGAAGCUGCAAGUAAGGUGACUUUGGAAAACCUGGUGGAAGAAUGUCAUCGUGUGGCCAACCUCAAGCAUGACUCGCAGAUGGUGGAAAACAAGGAGGCUUGCUCCGUCAACGCCAUUGCGCGCAACCAGAAUCAUUCCUCUUCGAAGAAGACCAACAAAGUGCCCAAGACACCCUGCUGGAAAUGUGGGGAACUGCACUACGUUCGAGAAUGUCCGUUUGCAUCACACACGUGUACUAGAUGCAAGCAGCAAGGACAUAAAGAAGGCUACUGUUCAAGCAGUAAGCCCGCUGUAUCAAAGCCUUUCAAGCAAUGGAAGCCCAAAGAGAACAUGAAGACGAAUGGCAUUUACACUGUUCGCAACGUCGGAAGGAAACGCAAAUUCGUCUCGGUCGAGCUCAACGGGGUAGCAGUCAAGCUUCAGCACGACUCGGCGUCCGAUAUCACCAUCAUUUCGAACGAAACAUGGGUUACCAUCGGACGGCCACCCACUCAACCGACCGAUGAAUCUGCUGUCACAGCGUCUGGUAGUGAUUUGAAUCUCCUCGCAGAGUUUCAAGCCGAAAUCACUAUCAAUAACGUGACCAAGACAGGGCGCAUUUUCAUCUCUGAUAGCGCCGAUCUCAACGUUUUGGGAAUCGAUACUAUUGAUCUGUUUGAUCUGUGGUCCGUACCGAUUAACAGCUUGGUCAACGUCGUACAUCAAAACUCUGACCAAUACGUUGAUCGCCUCAAGCACCAGUUCCCGGAGGUAUUUCGAAGCACGCUGGGUAGAUGCACAAAAGCGCAAGUGAAAUUAUACUUGAAGCCUGAUGCCCGUCCGCGACCAGUGGCGUAUGCGGCUCUUCCCAAAGUAGAUGCGGAACUCGAAAGGCUCGCAACAAACGGUAUAAUUUCUCCAGUUCAAUUCUCGGACUGGGCAGCACCAAUAGUCGUCGUACGGAAAUCGGACAAUGUUUCGGUCCGUGUAUGCGGUGAUUAUUCUACGGGGCUGAACAACGCGCUGGAAUGUGACCGUCAUCCUCUACCUCAUCCUGACGAUCUUUUCGCGGAGCUGGCUGGGGCUCGCUAUUUCACACAUCUUGACUUAUCAGACGCCUAUCUACAAGUUGAGGUCGAGGUGGAAUCGCGCAAGCUGCUUACCGUGAAUACACAUCGCGGCCUUUUCCAGUACAACCGACUUCCUCCCGGAGUCAAGUCGGCACCUGGCGCUUUCCAACGCAUUAUCGACAGCAUGGUGGCUGGCAUUUCUGGAGUGAAACCCUACCUUGAUGAUAUCUUCAUUGCUGGUCGCACCAAAGAGGAGCACGAUCGUAUCCUCUAUGCUGUUCUCGAACGCGUCCGUGAGUAUGGUUUCCAUUUACGUCUUGAAAAAUGUCGUUUCGCGCUUCCCCAGAUCGGUUUCCUUGGAUUGAUCGUGGACAAGGACGGUGUUCGGCCUGACCCGUCCAAAACAGAAGCCAUUGCCAAGAUGCCACCCCCGAAGGACGUGAAGCAACUUCGCUCCUACCUCGGAGCUAUCAACUAUUAUGGUCGAUUCGUUCCGCAGAUGAAGCACCUCAGGGCUCCCCUGGAUGACCUGCUGAAAAAGGAUGCUCGCUGGAACUGGACAAAAGAGUGUCAGAAAUCUUUUGAGCAGUUCAAGACCAUUUUACUCUCCGACCUGCUGCUUACUCACUAUGACCCAUCUAAGGAGAUCAUCGUCGCGGCAGACGCAUCGAAGUAUGGUCUUGGCGCUGUCAUCAUGCAUCGUUUCCCGACCGGUGAGGUGAAGGCAAUCGCACAUGCUUCUCGCUCACUGACGGCAGCGGAAAUGAACUACGGUCAAGUGGAAAAGGAGGCAUUAGCGUUGAUAUUCGCUGUUACCCGUUUCCACAAGAUGCUGUACGGACGGCAUUUCACUCUCCAAACCGAUCAUCAACCGCUGCUCAAAGUUUUUGGCUCGAAAAAAGGAAUACCAGUUUACACAGCCAAUCGUCUGCAACGAUGGGCUUUGACACUUCUCCUGUAUGACUUCGAGAUCAAGCACAUCUCGACGAUGAAUUUCGGCUACGCAGACUUCCUGUCCCGGCUGAUGUCAUCACAGCGCAGACCAGAUGAGGAUUAUGUCAUAGCUGCCGUCUAUGUCGAAUCCGAAGCAAAGGCGAUUCUCGAAGACUCCAUCAACAAUCUGCCAGUUACACAUCAGAUGAUUGUGGCUGAGACACGUAAGGAUGCUGUUCUGCAGCAAGUGAUUAGUUACAUCAAUGAAGGAUGGCCAGCAAGCGUGAAGCUAAUCACCGAUCCUGAUGUGAAGAAGUUCUUUGUCAGACGUGAGGGACUUCAAGUCGUCGAUAACUGCGUCAUGUUCGGCGAUCGAAUCGUCAUUCCAUCAAAAUUCCGGAAGCAAAUCGUCCGCCAGCUACAUCGUGGACACCCAGGAAUGGAGCGGAUGAAGUCUCUGGCUCGCAGCUACAUUUACUGGCCGAAUGUCGACGAUGAUGUGGCGCAAUUCGUUCGUCAGUGUAAUGCAUGUGCCGAAGCAGCGAAGGCCCCGACGAAAGCAACUUUGGAAUCAUGGCCUCUCCCGGACCGGCCGUGGCAACGAGUACACGUCGAUUUCGCUGGCCCAAUCGACGGACAUCACUAUUUCGUGAUUGUAGAUGCCUACUCUAAGUGGCCCGAAAUUUUUCGCACUAGAUCCAUCACCACGACAACAACUUUGGAACUUCUUCGUGAAACAUUUUCCCGUUACGGCAAUCCAGACACGCUAGUCUCAGAUAAUGGAACGCAGUUUACGAGCGGACAGUUUCAACAGUUUUGCGGUGAGAAUGGCAUCAACCAUAUUCGUACUGCUCCAUACCAUCCGCAGUCGAAUGGCCAAGCUGAACGUUUCUUGGAUUCCUCAAACGCGGCCUUAAGAAGAUAGGUAACGGGGAAUCACCAACAUUACAGCAUCUACAGACGUUUCUUUCAGUGUACCGAUCAACACCCAACCGGAAUACACCUAAGGGAACAUUUCCAGCCGAAGCGUUUUUAAAAAGAACGAUGCGCACUACUUUGGAUCUGUUGAGGAAACCAUUCCCUCCAACUGCAGCCGUUAAUCACAAACAAAAUGAACAAUUUAACAAACGGCAUGGAGCGGUCAAGCGUUCAUUUGUGGAGAAUGACUUGGUGUAUUUUGAACAACACGUACACAACAAAAAGUCGUGGGUUCCUGGUCGAGUCAUUGAACCAAAAGGAUCCGUUAACUAUGUCGUGUCGCUUGACUUGCAUGGAAGACAGAAGCUGGUUAGAUCGCAUGUCAACCAAAUGCGUUCUCGCUAUGGUUCCGAAACCCCUGGGCAAGAACAACAACAACUUCCAUGGGAAGUUUUAUUAGAAGAAGUUGGUACUACUGCUGCAGUGAAACCAGCCGGCAAUCAUGUUGCUGUUAGUUUGAACUCUACGAUGCCAGCUGAUGUUCCUGUUUUUGAAAAUCCGCCAACCGAUUUUAACCCGCCAACAACCAAUGAACAAGCAUCUGCAUCAGCGUCGGAAUCCAUUGCAUCCGAAUCCGUCACAGCCGAAUCUAUCGCAUCUGAAUCCGUCGCAUCCGAAUCCAUCGGAAGCUUACUACGUCGUUCCGUACGAACACCGAGAAUCCCUCGAUGGCUCUCAUCAUACGACCUUUAUUAAAAAGGGGGAGAUGUAGUAGGCUAUGACUACGAAACAGUGCAUUUUGCCUCAGCAGAAUUUCGUUUCCUAGGCAUAGUAGCCUAUGCCUUCUUUAGUAAUAAAUCAGUUCAUAGUUAACCACCAAACGAGCAAGUUGGUUUUUAUUUGCUCUCCAUUUGAACUGUAACAAGCACUGACGAUUGUGUUGUGAUAUGUGAUCGAAAUGAAGUGACAUCGAGAACAGCUAGCAUGUGACUACACAGUUUUAUUGAAAUCAGAGUGUAUAUAUACAAAGUUCAUGAGGCCGCGUUAACACAUAGUUGUUGUGUUUACAUAUGGAUAGUACGAUACUUGAAUUGAUACCUUGACACCCCCACACAAUUCUAGGAUUCUAACUAUCCUAACCAAAGACCAAAAUAUAAUUCAAACAAACUUAUUGAUUUACUCCCUCUCCAAUCUU